AAUCAAUACUCAUUUUCCAACCUAAAAGAAAACUAAAUAAAUGGCUUUCAACGCGAGAGUUUUCGGCGUAUCCGCGCAUAGCUAUCGUUGGCUUUGUAAAGUCCACAAGAACUGAGUGGAAAGUAUGGAAAAUGCAUAGCUCGCUCGCCUCCCGCUUGGUAGGGCGCCUCCUGCUGCUGUUCGUCCUGGUCAGCGCCGUGUCCAUUGUGGUACUGACCAAAUGCGGCUUUGAGGAGCUCACGGCACAGGAGUCGCUCCACCACCACACCAGCGAGGCCAACGGCCCCAGCGAUGUCCUGGGCGUGGACCGCGAGGCGGAGAUUGAGCGCCUGAAGCACGAGGUGCUCACCCUGCGUGCCCAGAUCGUCAUUCUGCAGAACAAUCGAAGUGGCCACAAUGCCAGCAGCCUCCACCUGCAGGAGACCACGGUGGGUGCGGCCUUGCCGCCACUCGCCCACCACUACGACUGCAGCAGCUACAUCCGCAAGCAGGUGGGCGCCGCCGAGAUCCUGCACGGCCUGCCCCUGAACAACGAGUACGAGCUGAUUCCCUUCAACCACUUCACCUUCACGCGCGUCUUCCCCAUCGACCUGGGCCUGGGCAAGCGGGUGGUGGAGAAGCCCAUUGGCUAUCGCCGGCGUGACCUCAUUGGGGCGGUCAACAAGGCGCUGGAGAGUCUCAAUCGCAAUCAUUCGGCCCGAGUGCGCGCCAAGGCAGCAGGAGUGGGUGCGGCAGGGGAUGUCAUCAAGUACACGCUGGACGACUUCAUUGAGGGCAUCUACCGCACCGAGCCCACAACGGGCACCCAGUACGAGUUGUACUUCCAGAGCGUCAAGCAUCAGGCGAGUUCUGUGCGCAGAGCGCUGGUUAUGCGCCCGUUCGCCCCCCUGCAGACGGUGCAGUUGUCGGAGACACCGGCCAGCCGCAGUCCCAGCCCCAGUCCGGCCGUGAUCCAUGUGAUAGUGCCGCUGGCCGGUCGCCUGCACAGCUUUCGCAGCUUCAUGCAGAUGUUUGCCAGCCUCGGGGAUCGGCAUUUGGAACUGAUUGUCGUCUACUUCGGCGAGAGUGGACUGGCGCAGGCCAAGCGGAUGGCAGAGCGGUCGGAGCGGACGCAGUUCCUCGCUCUAAACGAGACCUUCAGCAGGGCCAAGGCCCUCAGACUCGGGGCAGAGCACAUUGUUGCGCCUGCCACCGCAGAGGAUGUGCUGCUCUUCAUGUGCGACGUGGACAUCAUGUUCACGGCCAGAUUCCUGGAACGCUGUCGCUGGAAUGCCGCACCCGGCAAGAAGGUGUACUAUCCGGUGGUUUUCAGUCUGUACAACCCGCAUGUGGUGUACACGCUGCAGGGCAAGCCGCUGCCCAGCGAGGAGGAGCAGCUUGUCAUCUCAAAGGACACGGGCUUCUGGCGGGACUUUGGCUAUGGCAUGACCUGCCAGUAUCGCUCGAACUUUCUGCAGAUACGCGGCUUCGAUGAGGAGGAAAUCGUCGGCUGGGGCGGCGAGGAUGUGAUGCUCUACCGCAAGUACAUUCGAUCCAAGAUCAAGAUCAUCAGGGCCACCGAUCCGGGCAUCUUUCAUCGCUGGCACACCAAGGUGUGUGCCAGCUCGCUGACCGCGGACCAGUACCGCGCCUGCAUUCGAUCGCGAGCGCUGAACGAGGCCUCGCACGCCCAGCUCGGCUUCCUGGCCUUCCGCGAUGACAUAGCCGCUGCCAAUGCGGCCAAGCUGCACUCGUGAUACGUUUACAUUUACCAAGGGGCUGAUCCAUCUACGGCUUGAAGGAUCACCCAUCACACACUUCUGGACGCGAGAGUGCUGCCUUCUCUGCGUAUCUGAAUACCAAAAAUAUGUUACAACUGGAGACAAUAACUCGUAUUUAGCGAAAUCGUUGACUUAGCUUAAUUGUUGAACUUGUUGCGCCCCCAAAAGUGCCACACACACACACACAUCACAAAUUGUUCUUCCAUGAAGCAACGCCCAAGGUAUUUACCAUAUCCAUAUCGAAUCUG